AUAUGGGAAGCCAGGCUGUAAACAUAGUUUUAAACAUAAGAAGUAUAACAGUAUCCAUAGAAACGAAAUAAAACUUUUUAUAACCUCUAUAUAUUUAAAAGGGAAUAAAAUCUUAGUAUAUUUUUAAUUAUUUUGGAAAUAUAUUGUAAUUUUUGCAAGUGUUAUUAUCUUCUUAUCUCCCAAUUCCAUGCGUUUUAGUAUCCAAGAAAAAUGUCUGAAGUAGAUGAUCUUUUGAAAGAACUCAAUUACGAGUUUAAUAAGCGAGAAUUUACCAUCAAAUGCUACAUCAACAAUUUAACGUCUCCUGUAGACAGAUCGCUGGCGUCUGCAUGGCUAAAGAAACUGGCCAAGAGCAAUUCAUCUCUUAAAGAAAUGAGCCUGCGAAAUGAUCUAGCCCGUCAGCUUGCAAAAAUUGUGCAAGUUGAGAAACGCCUUAUUCCACCUUUCACGAUGUUUCCUCCAGUGGGACCACUACAGCCAUGUUUAUGUCCAUCAACUACUCCAGUAGCAUGCCCUGCUGCCAUUCCUACACAGAAAAGGUCGAAACCUUUGCUACAUAAAAUUUCGAGAGAUGGUGGUGCAUUUCUGUGUGGUCAGCCAAUCCCACCCUGUGGAGUCUUUUGCUACGUCGCUGUUGUUGGUGAUGAGGAUAAUGCAGACACAGAUUAAUCCGUCUUUCCAGGCGAUUAUCAAUAUGCAGUGUACGAUAACUAGCAACCUUCUGAGUCAUGUCUGUGCUGAUAUAUUGUAACAAUUUUGAAAAUCACGUCUGUAAUAUUGUUAUUUUUAUUUUCUUUGUAAUAAAUUCAGUAACUACCUCUUCAGAAAA